AUGUCCUCCUCGCCCUCGUCUUCAACGUUCGCCAACACCCAACCGUCUGUCGCUCUCAAACCUUUCAUCACCAUGGCCGAACACGAGCACCAUGUCCGUUUCGCGCCCAUGAUGCGUGUCAGAAGCUUCGUCGAGACACCAGCGUUCAAACAGGCUAGAGUCCCAAAGUUCACCAAGCCCUAUGACAACGACGCCAGCGGAGUCGCAAAGCUGAUCAAAAACUCGAAGACAUCCACCACCUCAAAGUCUCCCCGCCCCCGCGGAGCGUGCAAGGACAGCAAUGGUACCCCAAGGCCUGGUCGUCCGCUUCGCAGCGUGCUCGCUACACCCAAGCUAUCCAAAGUUACCGUCCACCACACGGCAGGGACCACGCCUCGCCCAGUCCACGCCAGCUACCGCCCUACCCUUACCAGUCGAGACUUGAACAUUGACCGUCACCGUCGCCAUGGUCUCAAGGGCAGCAUCGACAGCAUUGUCCUCCCGACCACGUUGAAGGGGCUCAAGACGAAAGAAGUACCCACUGAGACGUUUGUGGCCCUCCGCAAGCGGGUGUCAGCGUGGGCGCUUCACUGUGCCAUUGAGAUGCAAGAGGCGGUCUUGGAGAUGGAGAGGGGCAAGAACAAUGAGGCCCAGAGCGUCGAGAACGACCACGACGUCCUUCCGGCCGCGUCGGAAACUGCAGGGCUGAACGUGGACGACAAGGUGGACGUCCUCCACUCCGGUUGA